AUGCGGCAGAAUAGUCGUGCUUCAUAUAAUAAUAAUGAAUGUGGAGCAGCAUUACAGUUACCAUUACGUCUCCCAUAUCCAGGGAACUCAAAUAGAAUAUUCAACUAUCAAAAAUAUGGACCCUAUCCAGAAUUCCUUUUCUGUAUCCCUGCAAGACCACUUAUAACUGUCUUUGGAUGUGAUCUGGAUAUUUUUGUUCGCUUUGUUAGCGUUUUUUCUAUUAUUGUAUGGAUAAUGAUGCUAAUACUAGAGUUCUUACAUUUAUAUAAUCGUGGUACUAGUGAGAGUUCAUUAACAUUAAUAAUAAUUAUAAGUAUAUUAGGUAUAUUAGGUAUACUUUCUGGUAUUUUUUGUGGUAUCGUUGGUUAUAUUGGUUGUACUAUCUGUAAUCCUUCAUGCUUAUAUCCCUUCUUUGUUCAUCUAAAUUUUCAGACUAUUGCUACUUUAUAUGCUGCAAUAGCAUCUUACUUUCGUGGAUAUACUAAAUAUACAAUUAUAUAUCUUUUUUUUUUAGCUGGUGGCUUAAUUUCACUAUUUCCUACAUGGUCUUUAUAUGUACAUGCUUAUAUCCAUGGUAUUCCACCAAAUUUAACCUUACCUACAGGAUUAUUGUCAGAUGUUUGGAGGGCUAGGGAUAAAAAACAAAGAGAGAAGGGAAGAGAGGAAUUAGAGAGCCUUUAUCCAUCUCAACAAAAAUCUGAAACUCAAUCUUAUACUGGUAUAAUUAAAGAUAGUAGUAUACGUUUUAUAACACCACCUAAAUCUCCAGGAAAUAAUUCAAUUCAAAAUAAUCAAAAUUUAUCACCUAAAACACCCUCAUUUGGUGUAAGAGAAUCACUUUCAAAAGAUUCUAUUCAAUAUGAAAAGAAACUUAUGCAACUAUAUUUACCAGCUUCUCCAAAUUCUUCAAAGAUAAAUACAGAUAUUGCUAUUAAGAAACUUCUCAGAUGGUCAAAACCUAAAAGUGGCAAUGGUAUCUUUGUUCCGAAGCUAGCAAGAAAUUCAAAGAAAGAUAAUCUAAUUAUUAACAAAGUUCGAGUAUCUAGAACUAUAAAGAGAUAA